AUGCGUUUUGCUGUGUUCUACUUGUUGGCAAUGUGCUAUGCUGAUGCCAACCAUUUUCGCGGAGGCACAAUAAGUUGGCAGCCGACAAGGAACGGGUUUGAGGUUGAGUUCAAGUUCAGAAUGGGUUGGACAUAUGGUAAUGGACCGGGCUGUACUGUAUCUAAAAUUGGACAGUUGGUAACGGGUAUGUCGUCUUCAUACUGGAUGUGUGAUAAAUGCUCACCAAAUAAUAUCGCGAAUCUGAACUACGUGUGUACUGCUGCCAGUAGCUCUGAGAACUGGGAACAAGGCGAACGGACAUUCAGAUACACUUUCCCGGGGCCCGGACCAUUCACCGUGUCAUUUACCGGAAGUGCUUGGAUGGCACUAGAUUUCGGGAGUGCUUCCGGUUGGAACAUCUAUACAACAGUUGAUUUGAGGAAACGGAGCGAUACGAACCAGCCAAACCAGAGUCCAAUCACAGCUAGCAAGCCUCUGUAUAGAAUGCAGAGUGAUUGUUCGCACAACUUGAAGAUCCCUAUGAUAGACGCUGACGGGGAUGUCGUCAAAUGUCGGUGGUCCAGGGGCACCGAGUGUGCUUCGGUGUGUCGGUCGCUCCCAGACGCCACCCUCGAUCAGGACACCUGCACGAUCCACUUCACUACAGAUACGUCUAAGAAAUACAGAUCAGGGGGCUGGUAUGCUGUGGCAAUAACCGUGGAAGACUUUCCCUCGUCUAGUAUUACGAUCGGGGGUGCUGUAUUUGGUCCGUCUCGACCUCUGUCUGUUGUUCCUUUACAGUUCCUGAUUACCGCCCCUCAACUAAGCGGACCUUGUAACAGGAGACCUGUGUUUGUGAACCCAACACCACCGGAGGGACAUGUUAUUUCUAUAAAGGAAAGACAACGUUUGAGUAUCCAAAUUUCCGCCUCCUCAGCAUCUAGAAUAACUGACAUCCAACUGACGGCACCAUCUGGUCUGACCAAAUCGUCUCUUACCAUCAGUAAUGGGGUAGGGUACAUCACAGUCACGUGGGUACCUACUUCCGCCCAGAAAGGCACACACAUACUGUGUGCCAUGGCAGACGACAGCCAAGGAAAGACGAGCGAUCCAAGAUGUCUGACACUCCUGGCAUGGGACAGAGAUCCAUGUGAAUCUUUCCCGUGUGAGAAUAAUGGCACGUGCUCAAGGGUUGGCUUUACGGAGGACUUUACCUGCGCAUGCGUACCAGGAUUUACUGGAAAGCUGUGCGAAAUCGAUAUAAACGAGUGUCAAAGUAGCCCUUGUCAGAAUGCUGGUUAUUGUCUGGACCUGAUCGCCAAGUACGAGUGUCGCUGUGACGCAGGGUAUACUGGAGUGAACUGUGAGAUAGAUAUUGAUGAGUGUUUAAGUCAGCCAUGUCUGCAUGGCGGGACCUGUGUCGACCACGUAAACCACUUUACGUGUACGUGCGGUGGAGGCUACACAGGAGCGCUCUGUCAAACGGAGAUUGAUGAAUGUCUUAGCAAUCCGUGUCAGAACAACGCUACGUGUGUUGAUUUACUGAAUCAGUACUACUGCGCAUGUGUCGACGGCUUCAUUGGUGCAGAAUGCCAAACAGACGUCGAUGAGUGUGUCAGCUCCCCUUGCCUGAUGAAUGGGACUUGUGUUGACCUCGUCAAUGGAUUUAAGUGUAUCUGUCCGGGAGGUUGGACAGGAGAGUACUGUCAAACAGGCCUCCCAAGCUGUGAUUCUGCUCCCUGUCUUCACGGAGGCUCCUGUGAGAAUGUAUUUCCAGACUUUAUUUGUCACUGUCCGACUCCGUGGCAGGGAAAAAUUUGCGAGUCCCGCCCAUCACCAAUGGGCAAGAAAUGCACUGGCUUGCAGUAUACGGAGUGUGACUGCUUCAUCAACUCCAAAAAGCAGAAACGAGAGGUGAACUACAAGCUGGAAUUCGGAGCUGGUGGGGCGGCUGUUGGUCUGGUAACCAGUCUAUUAGCUUAUGUCGUGUAUAAUUUAUGUCAUUCGUGUGAACCAGGUAAAUUAGUACGUGGUCCAAUCACGCGAGUACGUCCUUUGUCUUCGGAGGAUUCGGAGACGUCAAUAAACACACCCAAUGAUUCCAUCAAACCAACAAAGAGGUCAGCAUCCGCCAGGGCAAUGUCGCCAACGCCAUCAAAUCAUAACGAGACUUCACGUCAACCUCGGGGCAAUCUAACAACAUCUGCAGUCUCAGAUUUAGGACCAUCUUCUAACAAUCAUAGCAGUUCAACGGUUAGAGGACUAUCAACGUUGUCUGCAGUCUCCAAUUCAGAACCUGCUUCUACCGAUGUAAGUAUUCCUUCAUCUUUAGGACCAACUUCAAAUGAUGUCAACAGUCCCUCAUCUUCAGGACCACCUUCUAACGAUGUCAACAGUCUUACAAUUUUAGGACCACCUUCUAACGAUGUCAACAGUCUUACAGUUUUAGGACCACCUUCUAACGAUGUCAAUAGUCUUACAGUUUUAGGACCACAUUCUAACGAUGUCAACAGUCUUACAAUUUUAGGACCACCUUCUAACGAUGUCAACAGUCUUACAGCUUUAGGACCACCUUCUAACGAUGUCAACAGUCUGACAGCUUUAGGACUACCUUCUUAUGAUGUCAACAGUCCCACAGCUUUAGGACCACCUUCUAGCGAUGCUAACACUUCUGCAGCUGUAAGACCACAUUAUAAUGACGUCAGCAGUCUCCUAGUUUCUAAUGACAUUGACACAGAGCAUUAUAGCUGCCUUCCAAUGUCCUCUGCAGUCUCUGCUUUAGGACCACCUAACGACAUCCUUAGCGUUACAACCGUGGUGCCACCUAAUUGUGUCUAUGUAGCAGUCUUACAGCUACGUGAUCACCUCAUAACUUAG